AAGACUACAAAAGUAAGGGCUGUUUUCAAAUUGUCGUAUUUCUCUUGAAGUUUCAUUCCCCAUUGGGCAGGUCUUGUAUGAAGAUUCAGACAUAUCAUGGAAAAUCGUUUCUACUCUGGCACCAUAUUGACCACCCUGGGUCCUGAGCAGGGAUGUGAUAGGUCAGGAAUUCGUUGCAGUGCAGUCUCCUUCAGCUCGCCCUCCAACCGGUGACGCCUGCCUCGGCCGUGUGGCUUGAGAAACAUCCCCAAUAAAGUCUCUUGAUUUACCUGUAGCUCAAUCUUCAACUGUUGCCAUGGCUGUGCCUCCUGCAUAUGCUGAUCUGGGGAAGUCUGCUAAGGACAUCUUCAACAAAGGCUUUGGAUUUGGCCUGGUGAAGCUUGAUGUCAAGACAAAGUCAGCCAGUGGAGUGGAAUUCAAAACAUCUGGUUCCUCCAACACUGACACCAGCAAAGUUGCUGGCACCCUGGAAACUAAAUACAAGAGAGCAGAAUAUGGCCUGACAUUUACUGAGAAGUGGAACACUGACAACACCCUGGGAACAGAAAUCACUGUUGAAGAUCAGAUUGCAAAGGGACUGAAGCUGACUUUUGACACGACCUUCUCACCAAACACUGGAAAGAAAAGUGGCAAAGUUAAGACUGCAUACAAGCGGGAGUACGUCAAUUUGGGCUGUGAUGUUGAUUUCGACUUUGCCGGCCCCACCAUCCACGGUGCUGCUGUGGUCGGCUAUGAGGGAUGGCUCGCCGGUUACCAGAUGAGCUUUGAUACUGCCAAAUCCAAAAUGACCCAGAACAACUUUGCCAUUGGUUACAAGACAGGAGACUUCCAGCUUCAUACUAAUGUUAACGAUGGAGCUGAGUUUGGUGGCUCUAUCUACCAGAAGGUGAGUGACAAGCUGGAGACGGCUGUGAACCUGGCAUGGACCGCUGGCAGCAACAGCACACGCUUUGGAAUUGGAGCCAAGUACCAACUGGAUAAAGAUGCCUCCAUCAGUGCUAAAGUGAACAACAAUAGCCUUGUUGGUGUGGGCUACACCCAAACACUUAGACCAGGUGUGAAACUCACCCUCUCUGGUCUGGUUGAUGGGAAGAACAUCAACGCAGGAGGCCACAAGCUGGGUCUGGGUUUGGAACUGGAAGCCUAAGCUGUCCUCGUACUGCAAGGGAGUAGGGAAUAUCAGAAGAAUUUGGCCUUAAAUGUAUGUCCAACUCAAACCAGCUGGGGGAUAUCAUGGAGCGAUUGAUUCAAAGGCUACAGCAACAUACUUGAGUACCACUUUAAGAUGGUGCUCCUGUCACUGGUACAUUUUUACCUUUUGUUGCUUUUUACUUUGUGGUAGCAUCUAUUUUGGGAGACGGUUGUUGGCAUAUUAUUUAUAAAUCAUGUCAUUGUUCCUGUCCGGCACUGCCAUAACUAUUUGAUCAAUACAAUCCCUCUGUUCGUCAACAACUGUGUGGUUUCCUUAUGAUAAUCACAGACACUCCGUUUUUCUUUGUCGGUUGGUGUGGUGAACGUCAUCAUCCUUGAUUUUUUUUUCUUCUUCUUUUUGUUUUUUUUACACUCAUGAUCAUCUGAUAUCCCUUGUCAUCUCAACAGUUUUGCCCCUCUGAAGUACACUAUUUCUGCUACUAUUUAAUUACUGCUGCAUCUUUCCCACUCAUGCACAAAAGGACACAAAGAAGUUCUGGUUUGUGUCGACCGUUUGGGGUUUGCGAUGCCCCUGUGCAGCUACACGCGGGACCUUCCCUUAAACUGGGCAGUUUUUGGGUUGCUUUAAGUUGGAUUUUGAUGGUUGAGAGAAACCUGCACACAUGGUCGACCAAACGGAAUCGGUUUCUGUUUUUUUCUAUAGUAACAGACAACUGGGGGGAGCUCAUCGAUGUUCACAGUAAUGCCAAACUAGCUUUCUCUCGAGGAAGUCUAACCUGAAGUUGCUUAUGUGCACUCUGGAAGCUACUUCCCUGUUCUGGGCAGAGACAAAGCCCACAGGAAGUCUUGGAGGUCCUUAUGUGUAUGUAUACAUUUUCAAUAAAGUCUUUGAACGCCUCAGAUUUCUUUUAGUGUGAUAUUGAUGUCGGUAACAAUUUUGAUGGCACCACUUCUUGUCAUGUUUCAGCCCUGCAGAUUAAUGUAAGCCAAUUAUUCCUGUGACUGAGUCAAAGUUGCUUUGACAGCAGAAACCAUUAAAAGAUUAAAUAAAAUCCUACAUUCAGGCUUCAACCGUCAUAGCUGUUUAUGUUUGGAGCCACAACUUCCAAUAGUUUUAUCUCUGUGUGACAGUGGCGAUUAUGACUUUAAGAAAUUUGUCAAAUUUAAAAAAAGUGUUUCCAAGUCGUUUGAAUUUGAGGUAAAGACACCGGUUUAAAAUGAAAACUGGUGCAAAAAUCAGUUGUUGAUUUUCCUGCAUCUUUUUGACAGGGUGGCUGCUCAAACACCUCCUGAAAACCAGUCUUAAUAGAUCAGAUUUAAUUUUUUAUUCUUUGAAGGAGCAGCGUUGCAGCAUUUUGUUUCCAAUUGAAGCUUUGAUAUCAACUGCAUUUUUAUUUCCUGUAAUUAAACCACUUGGUGAGAAAGCUUCACUGCUUUACCGCAAGAUGCAUCAUCAUCCUGAAAAAAUAGGAUGGAAGAGAAAGCCUCCUUCAUUUGCCUUUACAUUAACCGUGGAGGCGACUUCUUCAGCCACUCAUCUCCGUAAGUUUAAUCGGAUACAAUCUUUUCCAGAUGGUUUUCAAAAAUGUCCCUUCUUUUGAGUUUCUGUGAUGACAGUUUUUUUCUUCUUUUUUUGUUGUAUUGCGGUGACAUCCUUUGUUUUUGUUUUUAUCUUAAAGAAUUCAUAAACUUCAGUGAUUUGAAACCCAGCUGAGAGUCUUCA